AAGAUGUCAACGAAUUAAAUAAUUGCUACACACUUUAUUCAAAAAAUGAAGCUAAAGAUUACAAUUUCAUGGUUGAAAUUUUUGAAGAAUUCGAUUCCUUCGAUGAUUUUAUUAAACAAACAAAAAUAUCAAUCAAGUUUCUAGAAGGCAUAGAAGGUCCACUUGUAAAUAAUAAGGAAUUAUACAAAGUCUUUCUUGAAAAUCCAAUUACUUUGAACGAUUACCAUGAAUUACGAAAUCCUUUACCGCUGGCACAUGAAACAUUGUAUUCAUUGUAUUCGAUUAGAUUACAAAAACUAGGAUAUAUUCCAUUAUAUCAAACUUUAUGGAAUGAACAAUUGCAAACAUUAUCGCAUCAUCCUCAUCCAUAGUCAAUAUCUGGAAACGAAGGUCGAAUAAAAACCAUUUUAUUAUAUUCUACUAAUAAGGAAUUUAAUAAAUUUUAUUAAUUAUAAGUAGUAGUCGUAGAAUUCUUUGCUCCAUUAUGGAUUGCUUGAACCAAAUAAUAAGAAUCUAGUAACAAUCGUUUGUUGUACUAUUUUAAUAUC